GGCAGUCGCCUCGCCGCGCCACAAGAAACGCUCGUAUUGGCGAGCGACAAGAACUUUGACACAACUUUCCAUCGUCAACUUUACCCGAUAAAAACUAGUUUAUAUCAAAGGUUGUUUUCAGUGUAAGGAAUUGAAGUGCGGUGUUCAAUAUACAGUGUGAAGUGUCUAUGUGGUUGUGAAGUGACGAUGCGGAGCGCCGGGGAGGCGUUCUGGCUGUUCCUGUUUGUGGCAGCGGCCGCCGCACAGACAGACACCAGACAUUUAUCAGGACGGGCGGGACGCGUCAAGGCUCGCCUCAUUCCGAAGUCUUUUCUCAAAAAGUUGCGCUACAAAGGGGACACAGUAUGUCCGAGCGGCAUGUUCCGGUGUCCGGAGGGCAAGUGUAUCCCGGCCUUGUGGGUGUGCAACUACCAGCGCGACUGUGACAAGGGCGAGGACGAGUUCCAGUCAUGUCCGCCGCCGGAGUGCGAGGCCGGCCAGCUGACGUGCGGGCAGUACGUGUGGAACAAGACGUACUGCAUCCCCCCGCACUACCGCUGCGACAUGCACGUGGACUGCGUCGACGGCACGGACGAGGCCGACUGCACGUACCGCAAGUGUCAGCCAGAUGACUUCCAGUGCGGCGUGGAGGGCGCCGGGCCCGGCAAGGUGUCUUCACAGGGGCCGUGCAUCCCACGCGAGAAGAGAUGCGACGGGUACCUAGACUGCCGGACGGGUAAGGACGAGCAGGACUGCCCGGGCGAGCCGCUGGCAUGCCGGUUGGACCAGUUCCGCUGCAGCGCGGGCGACAAGUGCGUCGACGCCAGCGCCAAGUGCGACCACAAGGACGACUGCGGCGACAACUCCGACGAGGCUCAUUGUAAUUUCCCUCCGUGCCAUAUCGGUCAGUUCCGGUGCAGCAACUCUCUCUGCAUCCCGGCGACGUACCACUGCGACGGGUACAAGGACUGCGCCGACGGCUCGGACGAAGCCAACUGCACCGCCAUCGCCUGUCCGGACAACAAGUACCUCUGUCCGCGGGGCGCGCCCGGCGGACAACACAAGUGUAUAGCGCGGUCGCAGCUGUGUGACGGCAAGAAGGACUGUGAGGAUAAUGCUGAUGAGGAGACUGCUUGUUCGACGGCAUCAUGUCCAGCACUGGAGUGCUCAUACAAAUGCGUGGCGUCACCGUCGGGAGGCGCGUGCGCAUGCGCGGCGGGACUCGCACUAGCCGCGGACAACCGCACGUGUGAGGACCGCGACGAGUGCCGCGAGUGGGGCUACUGCCACCAGCUCUGUGUGAACACCCCUGGAUCUUAUAAAUGUGCCUGUGCUCCCGGAUAUACCCUUACUGAAGGCAAACGGUGCUUAGCCAAUGUGGACGUGGUGCCGGCUUUGCUGCUGGCUCACGAGAAGGCUGUGCUAAGGAUGGACCUCCACGGCCGUGCGCCCACGCCGCUCGCUAACGCUACCGCUGCGGCUGGUCUUGACUAUCACUACAAACGUAAUCUACUCUUCUGGUCUGAUCUUAAAACUAGGAAGAUCCAUUCGCAGCACCUAAGCGUUCCCGCUGGUCUAACGAGUUACUCCGGCAACGACAUUUCCGUGGCUGGCUCCUGGGCUCCAGUGGCCCUAGCCGUCGACUGGGUGGGAGACAAGCUGUAUGUGGCAGACGCCAUUGGGCAGAAGAUCGAUGUCUUCGAGUUGGACGGCCGUUGGCACGCUGUUGUGCUCGGGUCUAAUCUUACCAACCCAGCUGACUUGGCGCUCGAUCCUACGCUAGGGUUGAUGUUCGUCGCUGAUAGCAGCCAGAUCAUUCGUGCUAAUAUGGAUGGAACACACACGAAGUCGAUUGUUUCCGAAGCCGCGUACAAGGCGUCUGGUAUUGCCGUGGACAUCAUUGCACGACGAGUGUUCUGGUGCGACUCGCUACUUGACUACAUUGAGACGGUCGACUAUGAUGGCAACCACCGCUUCCUAGUACUCCGAGGACAGCAAGUACCCAGCCCGUCGAGACUAGCGUUAUACGAAGACAGAGUCUACUGGUCUGACAGCACAAAACAAGGCAUCAGUUCAGUCAAUAAGUACGAGGGGUCUUCCAGCAUCCAAGCCAUAUACAAAAUGAAGGAUAUCCGAGACCCUAAAGCUAUUACUGUGAUACAUUCCCUGAAACAAACGUCAGUCAAUAACCCGUGCGGCAACAACAAUGGAGGCUGCUCGCAGAUGUGUAUAGUGACGGCGCUGCAGAACGGUGGUCUGGGCUACCGCUGCGCCUGCAACAUUGGCUUCCGGCUAGAGAGCGACUUACGCAACUGUGACGUGGUCAGCGAGUUCCUCAUGUACUCACAGCAGAGAUUUAUCAAGGGAAAAGUAUUGAACCCCGUUAUAGAGGGCUUCAGCGAUGCCAUAUUACCAGUAGUGUCUAGAAGAGCGAGAUUUGUCGGGUUAGACUUCGACGCCAGAGACGAACACAUCUACUACUCAGAUGUGCUUCAAGAUGUUAUUUACAGGGUACACAGGAACGGAACCACGAAGGAAAUAGUCUUAGCAUCACAAAACGAGGGCGUAGAAGGUCUGGCCGUUGACUGGGCUUCAAAGAAUUUGUACUACAUCGAUUCAAGGAAAGGAACCCUUAAUGUACUAUCAACAAGAAAUGUAGCUUAUAAGAGAACACUCCUAAAAGACUUGAAAAGACCUCGAGCCAUUGUGGUCCAUCCAAACAAAGGUUAUAUUUUCUUCUCGGAAUGGGAUCGACCUGCUAAUAUAAGCAGAGCAAAUACGGACGGAACUGGGCUACUCGUGUUCGAGAACGUAACCUUAGGCUGGCCCAACGGACUAUCCAUAGACUUCACAGCGAACCGCGUUUAUUGGUGCGAUGCGCUGCUGGAUCACGUGCAGCACGCCAAACUUGAUGGCACCGAUGUCAAGACGGUCAAUUCUAGACUUAUAAGACACCCAUUCUCUAUAGUAAUCCAUCGAGAAUUCAUGUAUAUAACAGACUGGAGAUUAGACGCGAUAGUGAGACUGCACAAACUGACCGGUGAGCAAGAGGAUAUAAUGGUUAGGGAACCGCAGACGAACAGACUGUAUGGCGUUAAAGUUUACAGCAAGGACGUGCAGACGGUGGACUCUAAUCAGCCGUGCUCGAGGAAUAAUGGGAAUUGCCAGAAAUUGUGUUUCGCCAUCCCGAGAAAUAAUACCGAGCUGUUGAUGGUGAAAUGCGGGUGUCCAUAUGGCGAGAAGUUGGGCCCGGACGGAACUAGCUGCAUCCCCGACCCGAGCUCAGAGCCGCCCGUUCAGGCCUGCCCCAACUCCUGGGACUUCACCUGCACCAACCAGCGCUGCAUCCCUAAGAGCUGGGUCUGUGACGGUGAUGACGAUUGUCUGGACAAUAGCGAUGAAGAACAGAACUGCACAAAGACAACAUGUAGCGCUUCGGAGUUCAUGUGCAAAUCAGGACGGUGCAUCCCAGCUACAUUCAAAUGUGACUCGGAGAACGAUUGCGGCGACUUCUCGGAUGAGACUGGCUGCGUGAAUGUGACGUGCAGCUCGUCGCAGUUCCAGUGCGACAACGGCCGUUGUGUGCCCAACACCUGGAAGUGCGACUCUGAGAAUGAUUGCGGCGAUGGGUCAGACGAAGGUUCUCACUGUGCUGAGAAGACUUGCGCUUACUUCCAGUUCACAUGUCCGCGAACGGGCCACUGCAUCCCCGCGUCGUGGGUGUGCGACGGCGACGACGACUGCUUCGACAAGCAGGACGAGGCCGACUGCCCGCCCGUCUCCUGUCUCGCCUCGCAGUUCAAGUGUGCUGACCUCAAGCAGUGCGUCCAGGAAGCUUAUAAGUGCGAUGGCAUCCCGGAUUGCAACGACGGCAGCGACGAGGCUGGCUGCCCCAGCCUGGCGCCGCAUCAAUGCCAGCCUGACAAGCAGUUCCAGUGCGGCUCUUCUGGCAUCUGUAUACCCAAGACUUGGUACUGCGAUGGAACACCUGAUUGCGAGGAUCUGUCAGAUGAGCCAUCGACGUGCGGCUCGGUGCAGUGCGCCAAUAACUUCUACCGCUGCGCUAACGGGCGCUGCGUGUUCAAGGCGUACGUGUGCGAUGGCAACGACGACUGCGGCGACGGCUCCGAUGAGGGGCUGGAACACGCCUGCAAGCCUCCUCCUUUCAGAUGUCCAUCCGGUCAAUGGCAGUGUCCAGGUAUCACGGGCCGCUGCGUAAACCUCACGCAAGUGUGUGAUACCAAGUUCGACUGUCCAAACGGAGCUGAUGAAGGAGCGUACUGCGACUCGGGCGAGUGUCAGCACCAGAGCGGGCUGUGCUCCAACGGCUGCAAGGAGACGCCGGCCGGGCCGCUGUGCACGUGCCCGGCGGGCGAGGAACUCACGGCCGACGGCUACACGUGUCGCGACGUAGACGAGUGCUCGCCUCCUGGCGCCUGCUCGCAAACCUGCACCAACGUCAAGAAGUCCUACUUCUGCGGCUGCGUCGAUGGCUACCAGCUCGCUGUCGACAAGCACAGCUGCAAGGCCGACAACCAUUCGAGCGCCUUCCUCAUCAUCUCCAACCGCCACUCGAUCCUCGUCGCCGACCUCAACGAGCAGGGCCUUGAGCGCGUGCCGAUUAACGUCGAGAACGUCGUAGCCACUGCUUCUAACAUGCACACCGGCACCAUCUUCUGGUCGGACAUGAAGCUCAAGAAGAUCUCGAGGCUGGACCGCGGCAGUGAACCGCAGAUUAUCAUAUCAAACGGGCUCGACCUAGUCGAGGGGCUCGCUUACGACUGGGUCGGAGGAAAUAUCUACUGGCUUGAUAGCAAGUUAAACACGAUCGAAGUCGCGAAGGAGGACGGCAGCGCGCGAACGACUCUGCUCUCCGGCAACAUAACUCAGCCACGCGGCAUGUGCCUCGACCCGGCGCCGAACGCUCGCUGGCUCUUCUGGACCGACUGGGGAGAGAACCCGCGCAUCGAACGAGUCGGAAUGGACGGAACUCAGAGACUAGCUAUCAUAACUACGAAGAUCUACUGGCCGAACGGCCUCACCCUCGACACAGCGACGCAGCGCGUUUAUUUCGCCGACUCCAAACUCGACUUUAUCGACUUCUGCAAUUACAACGGUUCCGGCCGACAGCAGGUGCUGGCGGGCAGCCACUACUUGCUGCACCCACACUCGCUGACGCUGUUUGAAGACACGCUGUACUGGACGGAUCGGCAGCUGAACCGCGUGCUGUCGGCGCACAAGUACCGCGGCACCAACCAGACCGUGGUUUCGCACCUCAUCUCGCAGCCGCUGUCGAUCCACGUGCACCAUCCCUCGCUGCAGCCACAGUACGCGUCCCCCUGCCGCCCCGACUCCUGCCAGCAUCUCUGCCUGCUCAGCCCCAAUAAGACCGCGCAGUACACUUGCAUGUGCGAGCCUGGCUAUAAACUGUUGCCCGACGGAAAAUGCACUAUAGAGGAUACUGCAUACUUAAUGGUGCUGAAGGGCUCUCAGAUUAUCGACUUAGCCACGGACGGCUCUGGCAGGGCUGGACAACUGGCUUCAGUCGUCGGAGUUCAAGGUGCAGUACAGCUUGAUUACGACCGCACCGGCCACAUGCUUUAUUGGCUGCAGUCUAUUUCUGGAGACAGCGAGGACGACGAAAACUGCACGGUAUACAACAUGCCUUACGGCGGCGGCAAGAAGGAGGAGUUCUUCGGACAGGACCCCGGGAUCGUCGGCGCGCCCUCCGCUAUCGCCUUUGACUGGCUUGGCCGCAACCUCUACCUCGCCAACCGCGCCGCCAGCAACAUCGAGUUGGUGAGGGUCGACGGCAAGGUCAAGUACCGCACCGUCGUACUCGCCAACGAUGGAAGCAAAGCCUCCGUCGCUAAACCUAAAGCUAUCUGCUUGGAUCCUACCGAUGGAAAAAUCUAUUGGACCGACGAAGGCGGCUACGGCGUGCCUGCUAAGAUCGGCAAAGCGAACAUGGACGGCAGCAAUCCGGUGAAUCUGGUCGACAACAUUGAGCGCCCCGAAGGCAUCACCAUCGACAUCGAAAAGAAGAUCAUCUACUUCAGCACGCAAUACCCCGCUAGCGUCAUCAGCAUAAACACCGAUGGUUACGACAGGAAGACUAUCCUCACAGAAGCCAACGCGAUAUCCUACCCUAAAGUUGUUGGCGUCCUCGACUCGAGACUAUACAUCCUUGACCCCCGACAUGAGAAGAUCAUUAAGGCUGAUUUACCCAACGGAGACAACAUUAAAGUGAUCCUUGACAAUGAAAGCGACCUGAAAUCGUUGACAGUUUUUCAGAAGAGGAAAAUGAUCCACCACACGUGCCUUUCUAACAACGGUGGUUGCGAACAGAUCUGCAUCCCCGGCGACGGAGGAUCACGCGUGUGCGCUUGCUCCGUGGGCUACCGCAAAGAGAACGAAAUCAAUUGCGUGCCUUACAAGACGUUCGCGGUGGUGUCGCAACUGGAUCUCAUCCGCGGAUACAGCCUCGACAGCAGCGCCGAGGCCAUGGUGCCCGUCACCGGACAAGGACACCACAUCCUCCACGUCGACGUUCACUUUGCUGAAAACUUCAUCUACUGGGUUGAGUUCAACAGAGGACAGUGGAACGGAAUAUUCCGCAUCCGACCUAAUGGCACAGAACUGCAGCAUAUCGUUAAAGAUGGAAUUGGUUCGAACGGUAUUAGAGGCCUCGCGAUUGACUGGGUCGCCGGCAAUCUGUACUUCACAAAUGUGUUCCCCCACGAGAACUACGUCGAGAUGUGUUGGUUGGACGGAUCUCACCGAAAAGUGCUUGUUAAAACUACAAUGGACGCACCACGUGAACUUGCUGUAAAUCCUCUAAAGAGACUGAUGUACUGGAUCGAUUACGGCCAGUAUCCGCGCAUAGGGAAGGCUUACCUCGACGGCAGCGACUGGCAAACACUUGUCACGUCUGGAAUCUCAAACCCGAGAGAUUUGACGAUCGAUAUGCUCACUCAUGAUGUCUACUGGGUUGACUCCAAACUCGAUCAAAUUCAAAAAAUCUCUUACAACGGUGGAAAUAGACAACUCAUACGAUCUAAUCUUCCAAACCCCAUGGGUGUCGCGGUCCAUACCACAAGCGUUUAUUGGGUGGACAGAAACCUGCAAACAAUCUACAAGGCCUCGAAAUUACCCGGUAAUAUGUCUAUGCCGGAGAAGCUGCGAACAAACCUACCAAAAUUGAGGGACAUUGUGAUAUUCGAUGUGAACAACCAGCCUACUGACGAAUCAAAUCCUUGCAGAAAACUUGGCAAUGGUGGCUGCGACCAACUAUGUUACAGCUACCCCCCGGAAUCCAAUAAGGGUUACACGUAUCGUUGCGACUGUGCCACUGGUCAAGUGUCACUUUUCAAUCCAAAGAAAUGUGAUAUUCAAUUUGACGAGUACUUGGUAUUUACUACAAGGACAGAAAUCCGCGCUAUUAACCUCGAUCCGAAAUCUACCGGUGUGCCUUUCAAACCUAUUGGAAACUUGACAAAUGUCGUAGGAGUAGAGUUUGACCAUGCAGACAAUAGGCUAUUCUUUACCCAGAUUCGACCUUGGGCAAGAAUAGCAUGGUUACCUUCUAAUAGUCCAAACAGUGCUAGUAUACAAAACAUCAUCAAUAAGGGUAUCAACCCUGAGGGUAUCUCGUAUGACUGGACUCAAAAGAAAAUCUACUGGACUGAUAGCUCCAAUAACUCUAUUUACGCUAUGAAUCUCGACGGAACUGAAUUAGUAAUGAUCGCACGAGUCGAAAGACCGCGUGCUAUAGUUGUCGACCCUUGCAAUGGGACGUUGUAUUACACAGACUGGGGACGAUUUGGUACUUCUGGAAAAAUCUACAGAACUACUAUGGCCGGAUCACUUAAAAAGGCCAUCAUAGACAAAGACUUAUCGCAACCAAGCGGUUUAACUAUUGAUUUCGAUGAAAAUAUGCUAUACUGGACAGAUGCUGUUCGAGAGAAAAUAGAAAGAUCUCAACUUGAUGGUUCACAACGAGAAGUUUUGAUUUCAGCUACCAUUUAUCCGUUCGCUAUUACAGUAUUCAGAAAUUAUAUUUAUUGGACUGACCUGCAACUAAGGGGUGUUUACAGAGCUGAGAAGCACACUGGCGCUAACAUGAUAGAAAUGGUCAAACGCCUUGAAGACUCUCCUAGAGAUAUUCACGUUUAUACCAGCGCCAGACAGAAGUGUCAAGUUAACCCGUGUCAGAUCAACAACGGUGGUUGCGCUCAGAGUUGCCACCCGGCUCCCAACAACACUGUUGAGUGCAAAUGCGACGAUGGUACGAAACUAGUGAAUGAAGGCCGUAUGUGCGUAGCUAAGAAUAUUACGUGUGACCCGAGCAAGUUCUUCUGUGCGAAUGGCAAAUGUAUCAGCCGCAUGUGGUCUUGUGAUGGUGAUGAUGAUUGCGGUGACAAUUCGGAUGAGGACAAGAACUACUGCGCCUACCACUCGUGCUCACCUAACGAGUUCCGCUGUAACAAUGGCCGCUGCAUAUUCAAAUCGUGGAAGUGCGAUCACGAGAAUGACUGCAAGGAUGGAUCCGACGAAGAGGGUUGCGUUUACCCACCCUGUGCCGACGGAGAGUUUACCUGCCUCAACUCACGCUGCAUUCCCAUGACGCAGGUCUGCAACGGUAUCAACGAAUGCAAGGACAACAUCACCUCCGAUGAGACGCACGAACGCUGCCCAAGGAACACGACCUGUCCAACAAAUCAUCUCAAGUGCGAGAAGACAAACAUCUGUGUCGAGCCUUACUGGUUGUGCGAUGGAGACAACGACUGUGGUGAUAACUCCGAUGAAGAUCCGCUACAUUGCGCUCAGCGGACAUGUCCACAGAACAGCUUCCGCUGCCCGAAUCACCGCUGUAUUCCUGCUACUUGGUACUGCGAUGGUGAUGAUGACUGCGGCGAUGGCGCAGAUGAACCGCCAGAAUAUUGCAAGUCCGAAGGCCGCACUUGUUUCGGUGAUUUGUUCACUUGCGAUAACGGAAACUGUAUUCCAAGAAUUUAUAUUUGCGAUGGAGAUAACGAUUGCCUUGACAACAGUGACGAAGAUGACCGACAUCAAUGUAACGAACGCAAGUGUGAUGCAGAGACCGAGUACACCUGCGAAGAAAAUAAAUUCUGGGGCCGCGCACAAUGUAUACCUAAGAAAUGGCUGUGUGAUGGUGAUCCUGAUUGCAUUGACGGAGCCGAUGAGAACGCGACCAUUCACCACUGCUCCACACCGACGCCUUGCUCCGACGACCAGUUCCAAUGUAACAAUGGCCGCUGCAUCAAUCAAGGGUGGGUCUGCGAUCACGACAACGACUGUGGAGAUGGCUCCGAUGAGGGUAAACACUGCAACACUCAAUAUAAACAGUGUACUGAUCAAGAAUUCAAAUGUCAGAACUUCAAAUGUAUUCGAAAUCACUUCAGAUGCGAUGGAGAAGAUGAUUGUGGGGAUCAUUCGGAUGAAGUGGGAUGUGUCAAAGAAAAUAAGACUUGUCCUGCUGGACAGUUCAAAUGCAACAACGACCAAUGCAUCGACAACAGGCUCGUGUGUAACAAGGUGUCGGACUGCGCAGACGACUCCGAUGAACCGGCGCACUGUAACGUCGAUGAAUGUGCCAAGCUAGAGAUCAACCAGUGCGGUCACAAAUGUAUCGACACACUGACUGGCUACUACUGCGAUUGUAACCAGGGAUACAAACUUCUCGCCGACGGUAAAGCCUGUGCCGAUAUAGAUGAAUGUACAGAAACACCCGGAGUAUGCUCGCAGUACUGCUCCAACACACCCGGCUCAUAUUACUGCAAGUGUAACGAACAGUACUACGAGAGAGAAGCAGACGAACAUACAUGCAAGAGGAAGGACAAUACCACAGCAUGGAUUAUAUUCACAAAUAAAUAUUAUGUAAGAAACAUGUCCACUGACGCGUCGCUCUACAAUUUAGUCCAUCAAGAUCUCAUGAAUGUUGUAGCAAUCGACUUCGAUAUCAAAGAACAGAAGAUGUACUUUGCUGACGUUUCCGCCAAAACGAUCUAUAGAUCUGACUAUACAGAUCCAAACCCAACUAAGGAAGUUGUAAUCAGACAUGAUUCACAUGGUUUGGAAGGCAUUGCGAUAGACUGGAUAGGAAGAAAACUUUACUGGCUCGAUAGGCAUUCUAAGAAUUUGGAUGUAUCUGAGUUAGAUGGCACCAGGAGGAAGACAUUGAAAACCGGUAUUGCAGAUCCUAGAGCUAUUGUCGUCCACCCGGGAACGGGCUACUUGUACUUUACUUCAUGGCACUUGCAAGCGUACAUUGGCAAAAUGGGUAUGGAUGGCUCAAAUUUCACAGCAAUUUUGAACUGGGAAGACGACAUUGCCUGGCCGAACGCUUUGACCAUUGACUAUUUCACUGACAGGAUUUACUGGGCUGACGCUCAUUUGGAUUAUAUUGGUUCUGCCGAUUUGGAAGGUCGUCACAGACACGUCGUUCUAUCUGGUGCUAAAGUUCCUCAUGUGUUUGCCCUUAGUUUGUUCGACGACGAAAUAUUCUGGACUGAUUGGAAUUUGAAAGCUAUAAGUAAGGCAAACAAACAUUCAGGAGAAAAUCUAAUGGUCCUCAGAAAUACGACACAUCGACCCUAUGACAUUCACGUCGUCCAUCCAUUGAGACAACUCCCGUAUCCUAAUCCUUGUGGAACUAACAACGGAGGAUGCUCGCAUCUCUGCCUCAUCGCGCCACCACAUGAGUCUAGCUAUUUAAACAUCGAGGGUUACGGAGAAGAGGGCGCUACCACAUACAAAUGCGCAUGCCCGAACCAGUUCUAUUUGGCACGAGAUAUGAAGACCUGCAUUGCAAACUGCACAAACGGACAACAUAGAUGUAACGGGCGUGAUGAGAAAUGUAUUCCUUGGUUCUGGAAGUGCGAUGGCGAAAAAGACUGUUUAGACGGAUCGGACGAGCCUGACACCUGCCCAGUGAGGCACUGUCGCGCCGGCUCCUUCCAGUGCAAGAACACCAACUGCACUCCGGCUGCUACAAUUUGCGACGGUACCGAUGACUGCGGAGAUGGCAGCGACGAGGCCGAGUGCGCACACGAGUGCCCACUGCUCGAAUUUAAAUGUAAGUCUAGCGGAAGAUGCAUUCUUGAUAGCUGGAAGUGUGAUGGUGACACCGAUUGCAAAGAUAACAGUGAUGAAGAUCCUGUUAUGUGUCAUAAUAGACCUUGUAACCCAGACACUGAAUUUUCUUGUAAGAACGGACGUUGCAUUCCCAAACUCUGGAUGUGCGACUUUGACAAUGACUGUGGGGAUGACUCGGACGAGCCCGCAUACAUGUGCCGACAGAAGAACUGCACUACCGGCUGGCGCAGAUGCCCCGGCCAAUCGAACUAUCGAUGCAUACCGAAGUGGUUAUUCUGUGACGGCAAAGACGACUGCAGAGAUGGAUCCGAUGAACUCCCAGAGAACUGCCCGAGCUGUAACUCCGAUACCGAUUUCACAUGCGAGAACAAGCGUUGUAUCCCGCGACAGUGGCUGUGUGACUUCACCGACGAUUGCGGCGACGGCAGCGACGAGGCAGAGGCUACCUGCCAACACAAUUACAGGGAGUGUUCCGAAUCAGAGUUCAAGUGUGGCAAUGGAAAAUGUAUCUCCUCGAGAUGGCGUUGCGAUCACGAAGACGAUUGUGGAGAUAACUCUGACGAGAUGGAGUGUGGAGGAUUCAAAUGCAAGAACGGAACGUUCCAAUGCAAAUCGGGACACUGCAUCGCUGCGUACUUCCGCUGCGACGGCGACCGCGACUGCCGCGACUUGUCUGAUGAAAUUGGAUGUCCGCCGCGAUUCCCCGGCAACAGAUACUGCCCUGAGAGCAGAUUCCAAUGCGCGAACAACUUAUGUGUGUCUCAAUCAGACUUGUGUGACGGCACCGAUGACUGCGGUGACGGAUCAGACGAGGCACCGGCACUCUGCACCAAUUUCAACUGUGAUACGCUGCGACGAUUCCACUGCGACAACCACAGAUGCGUGCCAAGGUACCAAGUAUGCGACGGUGUGGAUAACUGCGGUGACGGUUCCGACGAGAACAACAUGACGCUGUGCGCGGCGCGCGUAAAGCCGUGCGACCCGUACUCGCAGUUCCAGUGCGCCAACAGGCACUGCGUGGAGCGCACGCAGCUCUGCGACUUUGCUGACGACUGCGGCGACGCGUCCGAUGAGCUUGGGUGCCACCACACGCACACAUGCUCGCAUCUUGACAAAGGUGGUUGCGAGCACUUCUGCACGAACUUAACACUACCAGGCACCGGCAUCGCGACGUCUGGCUCGGCUGGGUACAUCUGCACCUGCUUCCAGGGCUGGAUCAUCGCGCCCACAGACAAGAAGAAGUGCGUUGAUGUGGACGAGUGCGCCACCGGAGCGCACCACUGUAGCCAACUGUGCACCAAUCUCAACGGCAGCUACAGCUGCAGCUGUCGCGACGGAUUCAAAUUGGCAGACAGUUUAUCAGGCGUGUGUAAGGUGGUCGAAGACGAGGUGGUUUUGAUGUUCGCCAACGGUCCUGAGAUCAGGGCGUUCGUACAAGAUAAGAACGAAGAAUUCGAUGUCAUCACCUCGGAAAAAAGGAUCGAAGCAAUCGACUAUGACCCCAAUAAUGAGAUGAUCUUCUGGGCCGACAGCUACGACAAGACCAUCAAGAGAUCGUACAUGAUCAAUGCUAAGCAAGGAGAAGUCAAGAGCGGAUUCGCCCAGGAUCUCAAUAUGAAGGGAACUGCUAAGCCGACAGCACUCGCCAUCGAUUAUAUCGGAGACAACCUAUACUGGACUGAAGUCGACCGUACCGGCUCGAAGCCGCGUGGCCGGGUAAUGGUUGCCAAAACAGACGGAAGAUACAGACGAUCCAUCGUCUCCGCCGGACUGGAGAGUCCAACGUCUUUGGUUCUCGACCCACAAAUGGGCAGAAUGAUCUGGGCUGACGCCGGCUCAGCGCCUAAGAUAGAAAUCGCCUGGAUGGACGGUUCCAAACGACGACCCGUAAUCAGAGAGUCGAUCAGACAUCCGACAGGUCUCGCAAUAGACCACGCGAUGGACCACUCAAUCUACUGGGCGGAUACCAAGUUGAACACGAUCGAGAUGAUGCGUCACGACGGAUCGGGACGGAAAGUGAUCCUGAAGGGCGACCUGCUGAAGCAUCCGAUCUCUCUGGAUGUGUUCGAGUCGUCGCUGUAUUGGGUAACGCGGGACUCCGGCGAGCUGGUGCGGCAAGACAAGUUCGGCCGCGGUGUGCCUUUCGUAAUUUCCAAAGAUCUAGUCAACCCCUCGGCUGUGAAAGUGUACCACCCUCUGCGUUACAACGCGUCGGCAUGGUCGGGCUCGCGCAAUCCGUGCGUGAGCACGCCGUGCUCGCACCUGUGCCUCGUGGUGCCCACCAGCCGCCGCUGCUCGUGCCCCGACCAGAACCCGCCGCCCAAACGUGCCACGUCUGAAGUCGUCUGCGACGCCGCGGUGGAGGUGGCGCGGCCGCUGCCGCUGGCGUGCCCGUGCCAGAACGGCGGGCGCUGCGAGGCGGCGGCGGGCGGCGUGCGCUGCGCGUGCGGCGCGGGGCUGGCGCCGCCGCACUGCGCCGCCGCGGCCGCCGCCACGGGCGCGCGCGCCGCCGGCUCGGCCGCCGUGCUGGUGCCCGUGCUGCUCGUGCUCGUGCUGGGGCUGGGCGCCGCCGUGGCCUGGUUCGUCGUCAGGAAGAGGCCGUUCGGGAAGGGCGGCGGGCUGGGCAGCCUGGCGUCGUCGCAGAGCGUGUCGUUCCGCCAGGGCUCCAACGUGGAGUUCGGCGGCGUGGCCGCGCCCGGCGAGCCCGCCUACACGCUGGAGGAGACGGCGCCGAGGAAGGGCCGCGACUUCUCCAACCCCAUGUACGAGGCCGUCACGCGCGCCGCCGCCGCCGGCGAGCCCGAGCCCCCGCUGCCGGGCAUAUACGAGGUGCCGGACGAGCUGAAGGAGAAGGUGGUGUCGGCGGUGAUCUCGCCGUCGUCGACGGAGACGCGCGGGGCGGGCGCGGGCGCGGGCGCGGGCAAGCGGCCGCGGGCGCUGGACCCCGCGGCCGACACGGGCGCCGACACGGCGGCGCUGGUGCGCGAGGACCGCGACUGCUAGCGCCGCGCCCGUCGCCCGCUGGCCGUGUGCACGACGAAGCUCAGGGAAUUGAACGUGAAGGCUUAGUCGUCGUCGCCCGCGCCGGCACUGCGGCCUCUGGCGUAUCUCAUAGCGCGUGCGACCGCCCUCGGUCGCGCGGGGCCUCUUUCUAUUUUGUACCCUGUCUUGUCUUCUCUUUCUUCUCUAUGUUAUUUUAAAUCUAUGAAAACUUAACGAAUUAAUCGCCGUUUUACGAUUUAAUUUUAUACGUAACUCAUUUCCAAGGUCGUUACAUUUGUCGCUUCCUUCGCCGCGAUCGUUCGCUCCGGCUAGCCCCGGCGGUACUUAUAUGUCAGUAUUCUCCGUGCGCGUUCUCUUCGUGGUUUUUGUGUUUGAAUCUAUUUUAUGAGAUGUUAUUUAUUGUUCCGAUGGAAUCGAAUCAUAUCAUUGCGUGAUACAGGGCGGGCGGCGGGCCCGGCGGCGGGCUCUGGUACAUACAAUAAUUAGGAUGGCGCCGCGCCGCUGCGGCUCGCCCACCGCAGUUAUAAAUUGAUUUGACAAUAAGCGAUAUGCUAUUCUAGAGAAUAAUUUAUUUAUUUUGGUUUAAGACUAUGUAAAAUAUAGCUAUGUUGUGUUUUAUAAUUGUCUAUUAAAUGAUAAAAAUAUUAGAUUUUUGUGGGAUUCAUUGACAAAUUGCCAUAAAUGUGUGAGAUAAUGUUUCUGUUGUUUAAUGUUUAAAUAAUUAAUGAUACCAACAGUUGUUAUACAUCCUUUAUUGUAAAUAUGUAGUAUGUGCGCUGACAUGUGAUGUCAGCUGUAGUGUGCGCCCGCGCCGCGCCCGAGCGCGGUACACAUCACACUAAUCUUAUGGUAUACAACAUUGUGACUACAAUCCUAGGUUCUUCAAAGAGAAUUGAAUAUACCUACAUGAAAUGUAAAAAGUAUAAAAUCUGUCAAUAUUAUAAAUAAGAAGAUGAAAUAUUUUUGUAUUGGGAUUAUUAUAGUUAUUAGACGUCCUCUGACAUUAGGUUGAAAAUAUUGUGUAAAAAUAAAUUAAUGAAAGAAUAA